AUGCUUAAUUUUACAGAUUUUACCUUUGAAUAUGACCAGCUUUUUCCUCAAUGGGACUUCAGUACUGAUUAUAAGGAACUCCUUCAGUUUAGCGAAAAAUAUGGCACUGUAGGCUAUGGAUUUGGUGUCAAAUUGAGCAAGAAGAUGUUUGAUCCAGAAAAUUCAGAUAAAUCUCAGUGAUCUCAUGUUGAUGCUGCUUCUAAUCAAGGAAUUUACUCGUUGAGAAAGGAUAUGGAAAGAAAAACACUACCAGCUUUAUCUGAGCCCUCUUUGAAGGUGAGACAAACUGGAAAUUGUUUGAUCUUAAAUUCUAAGAGGAUGAAGUACUCAGCAAGGAAAGAUAUAGUUCUUAAGGCAGUCUUAAGAGCAAUCCGGAGAUUUUACUUGAAUUUUUUCAAGGCUAGAUACCCUUCUCUAUUCCUAUGGAGAAUAGUAAAUGUACCUCAGGCCCAACUAACAAAAUCGGUGAAAGAGAUGUGAAUCGAACUAUUUUCAGCAGAGAUUGUAGAAAAAUAUAAACUCAAUAUUUUUGUGCAAGCCUUGCUAGAUCUAAAACCCGUAGUAAAGGAGGAUGAGUCCAAUGAUGUAUCCAACAAGGCUAGUCUGGCUAUGAAGUGUUGCAAAAGUUUUAGCACUAGCACAUUUAAUAAAAUCUCUAAAGACCCAUGAUUCAAGAAAAUCUGCCAAAAAAUCCGGAUGGACUUUGAAGAAGAAUUUUUGGAAACUCUCAAAAAUCAAGAAGUAAACUUUGAGAGAUAUAGAAAAGUACUCUAUAGUCUUUCAGAAUAAGAUAAUUUCCAUAAAAAUUAUUAAAACUUAA